AUGGCUCGCUUUGGGGUGCAGCACGUUCUCCGCUGGCGAGGGCUCGCGCCAGCCGUCUGCCCUCGCGCGAUCCAGGAAAGGGCGUUCUCCGAGACCGUCUCCAAAAUGUCAAGCUCUCCCGCAGCUCUUACACGUACACUGACAAUCCGCUCUUCGUACAUGCUCGAGUUCGUCCAGUCCGUUGGCUAG